AUGGCGCGCAACACAAUGGGAAUGGAUAUCGUUGAUCUGACUAGCGAUGGUGACGACGAAAUUCAGAUCACUGGACACAGGAUGGCUCGACUUGUACCACCCCCAGCGGUUCCCAACUCCAAAGCUGCGGCCCGAGCAGCUGCAGCUGCAGCACAGGCGCAAGCACAAGCACGAACUGUGCCAGGUCCACCGUCGACGAUAAACGUUAGGAAGCGACAGACCCUAAACCAACCUGCUGGACCCAGCAGAGCGACAACUACAGUUUCGGCGUCUGUCAUCUCGCCCAACAAGAAGCAGAAGCUAGCACACGAUGCUUUUGGUGGGGGUGUAAAUGUUUCAAGCUUUGGUCCAGUAUCUAUCUCAGCACCGGUUGCCAAACGGAAGAGGACGGCGCCACCCCCGCCUUCCGCGGAAAUCAUCGACAUUCUAGAUAGCAGUGACGACGAGGAGGUGGUGGAUGAGCUUUUGCGGCAGACCAAGAAACUCAAAGUAAAGCGAGAAGAUGGUUCCAGCACGCCCUCCUCCGCAGUCACCUCGAGGUUGAACACGUCCGUGACUUUGCGAACGCCUUCAGAAGGCAUGACAGCGAGCCCGCCACCCCGGACUCGAUCCCCAUCUGUUUCUGACGAUGAAGGAUUCAUCGAUCCCCAUGACGAGGCAAUUUGGAAGCCGGUGAAGAGGUCACAUGCGCAGACCCUCGAUGUACGAAGCAAUGUGAACACCCAAGAUGAAACAGAGGAACCAACCAGGCUGAAGCUAUCGAAAAAACGCCCCAAGAUCACUCCGGGCUGGUGGAAGCCCGUUUCAACCCCCUCGAUGGACUACGUAUGGAACAUGCUGCGGUACGCUAAUAAUACGAGGAGUGAUUACAAGAGUCCUCAGCGUCCUCUCCGAGUGCAUGGAGUUACGACAAGGAGUUGCUUAGAGGAAGACCUCGACCUCAUCGACUUGAAAAUGACAUCUUCGUUUAAGAAGUCUCCUGGAUCCAUCACCCGCAUUGCCCAAAAGGAGGGCUGGGCUGUCGUUGCUUCGGCUUGUACUGGUGGUGGCAUUGACUUUGAAAAUGAGCGCAUGGACCCCUACAACCGAUCCGGAUCCUUGAUUACUUGGAAUAUGGGCGCCAAACCACCGGCCAGAAUACAGGAUCCAGAAGGACACCAGCGGGAGUUCUCCAAUGAUCAAACAAAGUAUUACGCUGUCAACGAUGUCAAGUAUGAUCCCACAGGUACCGCAUUCGUUUCAUCGGGCCUGGAUAAGAAUGUCAGAGUGUGUAAUCGCACGUCUGGCAGCUCAUCCGUAUUCCCGGUCUACUCACGAAGUUUCAUCCUGAAGGAAUUCCAAGGGGUGCCUCAUGAACUAGCCUUCAAACCCGGGUCAUCAAUCCUGGCUGUUGGAGAGAGAGAUGUGUACGUCUUCCAGGGCAUUACAGUCAAUCACAAGAGGAGCUUCGACAAAUUGCGAAUUGUUCCGAAUAAUUUGUCGAGGCGGCAUAUCGUGGGGUCUAUACGAUUUGGUGUCGACUCGACCUCAGGUUACAUCUUCGCCUCGUCAGAACCCGAGGACGAGGACACUGAGGCUGGGGACCACUACAUCGGUUUUCAUAAAUUUGCAGACAUUGAGAGGAUGGAGCGUCCUUCCUCCCUCAGUGCCUCGGAGGCGGGAGAUGAGAUGGCCAUGCACCCCACUGGAGACUUCUUGGCAUUGUGCACCAAACCAGGACCUUCUUCUGGCAUCCUUCGGCUUUACGACAUCCGGCGUAAAGAUGGAAAGGCUCAGACAAAGAUCGACCUCGAACCCCAGGCGGUGGAAGGAGGCCAGGAAGUUGGGAUUAACGAUAUCAGUUUUAGUCCUGAUGGGAUUUAUCUUGCGCUGGGUCGAUACGACAAUAUGGUCCAUGUCUAUGAUUAUCGGUUCCUGGGACGCGGGCCACUAUAUCGUCACCGUCACCAGGACGCUGUGAACAACCACCAACCGUCGUACAAGCCGUGUGGGGUCACAAAGCUCGACUGGGUUCAAUCUCUUCGAACAAGUCGACUGGGCCUUGUUUCCGGGGGCAAUGAUGGUACACCUUGUUUCACUCAGGAUGAUAUGAUAAAGGCUGAAAUUGUUCUGGCUGUUUUAUAG